AUAAAACGGUUCGCGCUCGGGUUUCUGCGCAGCACGGAGGACAGCUUACCACUGAUGUGCCAUAAAUCAUCGCCCACGUCGCCGCAGCGCCGGCUGAACGACAUCCUGUCCGAGGAGCAGCGGACCGAGCGGCCCGAGCGAACUAGCAUCCUGGCCAGCCUGGACCAGAUCGUGUCGAGCAAGUUCGGGGACUCGUGCAAACAGUCGUUCGCCGGGUCGCAGCGCGCGCUCCCGCCGGCGUCGGCCGAGGCUCUCGGCGUCGAGUACGAGUUCAAGCGCAACCUGAUCCGCCAGACAAACAGUGCCAGUUCGAGCCCGAAGCGCUUCCCGGUCUUCCCGCAGCCACCGAAGCACGCCGACAGCCUGAGCAGCGUGGCCGGCCGCCUGGGGGAUCCGACUGGGCGAGCCGGCGACGAUCGCGAGGAGGAGCUGGAUCGGGCCGCCUGGUUCCAGGCCGGGUUGCCGCGCGAGGUUUCGCUCGAGGUCCUGACGCAGCAGAGCCCCGGUGCGUUCCUGGUGCGCCGCAGCGCCACCAAGCACGGCUGCUUCGCCCUCUCGCUCCGGGUGCCGCCCGGACCGGGCCCAAAGGUGGUGCACUAUUUAAUUAUGAAAACCGAGCGUGGAUAUAAAAUUAAGGGUUUCAUGAAGGAGUUUUCUUCGCUGCGCGCCCUGAUAACGCACCACUCGGUGAUGCCGGAGAUGCUUCCGGUUCCGCUGUCACUGCCACGGCCGCAGAACAUCCCGACGAAGUGCAAGCACACGGACGACUACGACACGUACAGCACGCUGAACGAGUUUUCCAAGCUGUUUUCCGACCUCGACAUCUGCUCGUAG